AAAACGACCGUCCCUCGUGCACGCCGCGUAGACGUUAUCAAACGAAUAUGCUUACAGAGCCUCUGUACAUCACUCAGAUUUAAGACUCUCUCUCAAUCUCUAUAUCAAUAUAAUAAAUUAGCAAAUUUCAAGACAUUUUUCAGAGAUCCAGAGAAAACUGAGAAAUGGGUUUGAAGGAGGAUUUUGAGGAGCAUGCUGAAAAAGCUAAGACCCUGCCUGAGAGUACCACUAAUGAAAGCAAGCUUAUUCUUUACGGACUGUACAAGCAAGCCACUGUUGGACCAAUCAACACUAGCCGUCCCGGUAUGUUUAACAUGAGGGACAGGGCAAAGUGGGAUGCAUGGAAGGCUGUUGAAGGAAAAUCCAAGGAUGAAGCAAUGAGUGACUAUAUCACUAAGGUGAAACAGUUGCUGGAAGAAGCUACUGCUUCUGCUUGAUGUCGUGAAACUUCUUCUGUGUUUCUUCAUGGUAACUUUGCGUUGGAAAAAAAUUAUGAAAGAUAAUUAUGACCAACAUUGGUAGU